GCAAGGGCAGUGAGUUAACCAGCAGGCAAAUCUCCGCGUUCCUGGACAGCUGGAUUUAUCACUUCGCUGCUCCCAAGGUUUCUGUCAGGUAUCUCUGGUGGCUGGUUCAUCUCGCUGCGUUCAUCCGGCGGUGUCCAGGAGCGGAGUGUGCUGCUGAUCAUGUAUUUGGAAGCUGUGAGAGUUGGCAGGCUGAUGCUCACCUUCUGCCUCUGUAACACCGUGAGCUCCUUCAACUCGAAUGCCAUCAAGACAGCCAAUGGUGUGGUAUUGAGUCCCAGCCACCCAGUCAGCGCGGCUCCCCAGGUUGUAGUUUAUCACAGUGUCAACAAGAACCACGCUGUAGAGCAAUUCCAGAUCUCCAGUUGUCUGGAUGACCGGGACUGCGCUGUCGAGCAGUUCUGUUCCUCUUCCCGAGCCGCUGCCCAACAUUGCCUGAACUGCCGCCGGCGACGGAAGCGCUGUCUCCGAGAUGCGAUGUGCUGUCCGGGGACUCGCUGCAGCAAUGGACUGUGCAUGCCCAAUGAUGUUGAACACACUCCUGGUGAAAUUGAGGAGAGCAUCCUGGAUAGUUGGAACCACGAGGAGCAGCAAACCACCCUGGAUAGUCAUCUGAGGAGGACAACCCUCCCAGCACGGUCCCAUCCAGUUAAAGGACAAGAAGGUGAUGUUUGCCUCAGAUCCUCUGACUGUGACCAAGGCCUAUGCUGUGCCCGACACUUCUGGUCCAAGAUCUGCAAACCGGUGCUGAGGGAAGGUCAGGUGUGCACCAAACACAAGCGCAAAGGCUCCCGUGGCCUGGAGAUCUUCCAGAGAUGUGACUGCGCCCAGGGUUUCUCAUGUCGGAUACAGAGAGGAGGGAAUCAUGGCAAGAGCUCGAGGCUGCACACCUGCCAGUGACCCUGAACCACUGUGAACAAUGGUGAAAGGACUGACCCAAGACCUUUAGGCAUUGGGCUUGGGAGGGAGGUUUGGUGGGAAGGUGGGGGAGGUGUGGGGUGGAUGGUGAAGACUUCGUUUCAUGAUCAGCCAACGAGCCGAGCCCCCUCUUGCGGGCUUUAGACUGGAAGCAUGCUGGCAUCCUUCAGAAUUCGAAGUGUAUUGAGCUUUUCUUGGUUCCCUUUUAAGGAACUAUGUAGACUGUAAUGCUUGCAGUAAAUUACUGUGUUGUAAAAGAUUCAGUCUGGCACUUACACUGUAAAUACUUGACUGACCAGUAUUGUGGAAAAUGCUGCAAUGCCUUCCUCCCUGUUCAGCCAGUGUUGUAAAUUGUUCUAUAUUAUUGUUAACGAGUGUCUUGUAAUAUAAAUUUUCUAUAUUUUAACUGAAAUAAAAAUGU